GAGUGGCGGCGGGAAACUGGGGGAGGGGUGAGGAUGGAGGGAGACUGGGCCGGGAGGCUGUGUCGGACCGGGCCCGCUGGCCUCCGCUGGGCUGAGCGGAAGAGAGGACCGCGGUGGGGACCGUGCCCUUUCUUCCACCCCGCCCCUUGGGACCACCUCCAUUCCCCCCUGCUGUCCGGUGGCUGCUGCCUGGCCCGGGUCUGGUAGUUGGGCUUACUGAGGCCGCCCUUUCAGGCCUCUGUCUCCUGACCCCCGGAAAGGCCACCUCCCUGCGGUCACAGCAGGGCCUUCUCUGCGUCCAACUCUACUUUUCCAAAGAGAAAAGGCCGGUUGGGAUUCCGGGAGUUUCCCGCCAGAGCAGGGUCCUCUGGAGGGAGAGCUGUUUUCAACGAGGAAGUUAAGCUUUCGCUCCCACCUGCUUCACCUGUCUUCUUCUUUGAAACCUGAAUGCUACUUCUCGACUACUGUGUCCCACGUAAACAAUUCUCCAACUCUUUUAUCCUGUGGUAUUUCCCUGGGAUGUGAUAUCGCUAGAGCCACCACCAGAGAGAAACGUCUGGACCCUUCUGCACAGGUUAUGAAAAUCCCCUUAACUGCCACAGUUUUCUUACCUGGCUCAUCGCCUCUUGGAUUUUGUGUCUUUACUAAAGUCAGUGAUGUGAAAAGACCUGAAAUGGAUGACACAGCUGACGGGGUGAAGAUGGAGGCUGGGGAGGUGACCUUAGUGAACCACAGCUCCACCUUCAGAACCCACUUACUGCCACAGUCGAGCUUUCCAGAGGACCAGCUUUCGAUUUCUGACCAGCAGAUGUUGUCUUUCAGGCAAGGGCCUUUAGACGGAGCUUUCACGUGUUCUACGAGAAGGGCAGCCUAUAACCCAGAUCAUCACUCAGAUAACCCUUCCUCAGACAGUUUCCUUGGCUCAGGUGACAUAAGAACCUUUGGUCAAAGUGCAAAUGGACAAUGGAGAAAUUCCACUCCAACAUCAGGCUCAAUAUUACAAAAACCAAGAAAUAGCCGAAGUCUUUACCUCGAAACCCGGAAGACCUCAAGUGGAUUGUCCAACGCCUUUGUGGGAAAGUCCAAUCACCACUGCCAUAUGUCUGCGUACGAAAAGUCCUUUCCCAUUAAGCCUGCCCCAAGUCCGUCCUGGAGUGGGUCGUGUCGGCGGAGUCUUUUAAGCCCUAAGAAAACUCAGAGGCGACAUUUCAGCACAGCAGAAGAGACAGUUCAAGAAGAAGAAAAGGAGAUCUACAGACAGCUACUGCAGAUGGUCACGGGGAAGCAGUUCUCCGUGGCCAAGCCCACCACACAUUUUCCUUUACACCUGUCUCGGUGUCUUAGUUCCAAUAAGAACUCUUUGAAAGACUCGUUGUUGAGAAACGGAAACUCUUGUGCAUCUCACAUCAUCAGUUCUGAUACUUCAUCCUCUGGAUCUGCCAGCAUUUUAACUGCACAGGAGCAGUUGACCCACAGUGCACAUUCCCUGUCAUCUGGUACCCCAGAUGUUGCCUUUGGAUCCAAAGACUCUGAUCCUCACCAUCACCUUUCUGCACCUCAUCAGCCAGAUAGCUUGCCAGCAUCAAAUACACAGUCCGAAGGGUCAGACUCUGUGAUUUUACUCAAAGUGAAAGAAUCUCAGACUCCAGCUUCCAGCCCUACUUUCUUCCAGGCAGAGCUAUGGAUCAAAGAAUUAACUAGUGUUUAUGAUUCUCGAGCUCGGGAAAGAUUGCGCCAGAUUGAAGAACAGAAAGCAUUGGCACUACGGCUUCAAAACCAGAGGCUGCAGGAGCGGGAACAUGCAGUACUUGAUUCUGUAGAACUUCACCUUCGUGUACCUCUUGAAAAGGAGAUUCCUGUCACAGCUGCCACAGAAACCAGGAAAAAAAGUCACCAACUAACUGAUAGUGAAGACGAAUUUCCUGAGAUCACAGAGGAAAUGGAGAAAGAAAUAAAGAAUGUAUUUCGUAACGGUAACCAGGAUGAAGUCCUCAGUGAGGCAUUCCGCUUGACCAUUACACGCAAAGACAUUCAGACUCUAAACCAUCUGAACUGGCUCAAUGAUGAGAUCAUCAAUUUCUACAUGAACAUGCUAAUGGAGCGCAGUAAAGAGAAGGGAUUUCCGAGUGUACAUGCCUUUAACACCUUUUUCUUCACGAAGCUAAAAACAGCUGGUUACCAGGCAGUGAAACGUUGGACAAAGAAAGUGGAUGUGUUUUCUGUUGACAUUCUUCUGGUGCCCAUUCACUUGGGUGUGCAUUGGUGUCUAGCUGUUGUAGACUUUAGGAAGAAGAGUGUCACCUACUAUGAUUCUAUGGGAGGAAUAAACAAUGAGGCCUGCAGGAUCCUCUUACAAUACCUAAAACAAGAAAGUGUUGACAAGAAAAGGAAGGAGUUUGACACCAAUGGCUGGCAGCUCUUCAGCAAGAAAAGCCAGGAAAUCCCACAGCAGAUGAAUGGAAGUGACUGUGGGAUGUUUGCUUGCAAAUACGCUGACUGCAUUACCAAAGACAGACCCAUCAACUUCACCCAGCAACACAUGCCAUAUUUCCGGAAGCGAAUGGUCUGGGAGAUCCUCCACCGGAAGCUCUUGUGAAGACUGUCUCAGUGAGCAGACACUUAGCGUGUGGGGGACCAACCUUUGCCAUCGACAGCCAGAGACCUUGGAAACAGCUGCUCCUAACCCCCUGUUCUUGUACAGCCCUUGAUCCUGGACCAGACCAGGCAAGAUGCAUUCACAAGCACAUCUGCCUUUCCUUUUGUAUCUCAGAUACUAUUUUUGCAAAGAAACUUUGGUGCUGUGAAAGGGGUGAGGGACAUCCCUCCUGAAAAGAGAGACUGCUUUUCACUUCAGCUCUGCCUCCAGCCUCACUGACUCCCAAGGAAAACUCGGGAAGAAUCUUGGUUUCAUAUAGAUUCUUGUUGCUAGGCCUUACCGAGAAGUAAGAAAGGACAUGGGCAGCAGGUAGGGAUUAAAACCACCAGCACUUAGUCACACACACGAUUCCCAAGAUGCAGAGUCAGGAAUGGAACUAUAAACUGGACUCUGAGGCAUAAGCUUAAGUCUCCUCCUCCAGAACCUUCCUAUUUAUGUGCCCUCCAUGAAACCAACUGCUUCUCCUCAAAGCUGUUUCCUCACUGGUAGAGUCAUCCCAUCCUGAGCACACUGCACAAGCCCUGGCAGACCUAAAGUCUCAAGCAGUCCUUUCCUUAUGAGCAGGGUUGCAUGUGCGAGCACACACGUACUCUGGGAGGACCCACCCAAAAGUCUUGAGUGCAGCAGCUGGGCCCCAGCUUCACUGCUGCCUGCUUCUGACCAAGAAGGACUCGGCCAUUAGUGUCACAUGCCAGAGUUGGGUGAAUACAGGUCUAGGUGGUCUGUGGCUAGUUAGUUUAAAUAUGUUUCUAACCACAGAGAAUUUUAUAUACAUAUAUACCUAUAUGUGUGUAUACGUACAUAUAUAUACACACACACAAUGUGAAAUAUAUAUUUCACAAGGAUAUGCUUUUAAAAG